UAAGUCAUUCAUUGUAUACAACAGCUGUUGUUAUUAUUAUUACUAUUUAAAGGAAAUACUCACUAGCCUAGAUAAUAUUAAAAUAAUCAGAUGUUACAUUCUCUAGAAAUUUGGCGAUAAACAUUUUGAAAAAAAUUCGGAAAUUAAAAUUAUUCCCACAUUAUUAUUCACGUUAUAAUUACCGCUGAAUAUUGAAUUAAACAUUUUGAAAUUUCAAAACGAUUAUAUAUAUCAUGUCUCCUAAUUAUCAUAAAUCUAUUCAUCAUUCAUUGAAACAUACAAUCCAUUGUAUACACAGGACAGAACUACUACUUAUGAAGUUUUUAUAUUUUAUAGUAUUAUGGAAUUCAGUGAUCGCUGGACCAAUGUUAUUUCACAGUAAUACAUUGGAGAAUAAAGAUAGUUUAAUUGUGAAUCCAGUUCUCAGUCAGACAACCGAUGUAAACAAUGUUAACAAUAGCAGUGAAAGCACUAGAGAAACGGAAACAGUUACACCAGUGACUAUUGAAGAAACCGGUGCUAUUGUAGAAAUACAGAAUGAAACCUGUGAUGAUCCCUUUGAAGAAUUUGUAUCCCCUGUACGUGGUACACCACGUUGUUGUCGUAAAUGUGAUGUCGGCAAUGGUAUGCUUAGACUAUGCUCAAAUACAGAAAAUACUCAAUGUCGACCGUGUAAAUCUGGUUUCGAGUUUUCGUCUGUUAGAAGUGCUACAAAAAAGUGUAUGCAAUGUCGACGAUGUGAAGAACUUCAUCCUUUAGCAAAGACACGUACUGAAUGUACUCCUACAACAGAUACAAUAUGUCAGUGUGAAAAACCAUUUUAUAUGUCAGAAAAAGAACAAACAUGUAAACCGUGCACUGUUUGUAAACCUGGUGAAGGUAUAGUUAAGCAAUGUGAUUGGAAUUCAGAUACCCAGUGUCAAUCUUGUCCAGCUGGAUUUUGGUCUGCACAAACUGUUGACAAUGUCAAAUGUAUACCAUGUCAAAUAUGUGAAAAAAAUCAAAUUCUAGUUAGAGAAUGUUCACCUACAACAGAUACACUAUGCUGUCCAGUAAAUAAUCCUAAUUGUACACAUGAAUAUGCACUGCCUCUAGACUAUCCAACAUACGAUCAAGAAUCGAAUAUGUCAGAUAAUGGAAAUAAACCAAAUCAAAUGUUACCAAUUUAUUGUUCUAUUAUGGGCUUAAUAAUUAUCUCAUUACUUGCCUAUGUAGUCUAUAAACUGUGGAAGCAAAGAGAAGCUUCAAAAAAUGCAAAAUUAUCUGAUGCUUAUAAUAUUGGCUGUAAUAAAAAUAAUCUACUAGACAGAACAACUUGUGUAGAUAAUCAUCAUCUUCAGCAUCAUAUGAUUUCAUCAGAUUUAUUAAAUCAUUCACCACAGUCUAUAAGUGAGGUUACCAAAGAGGCCAGCAACAAUAACAACAAUAAUGAUCUUAUUCUUGGUCAUGAAAAAGAACCGCUACUUGGAAAAUCAGUUGGUUUAAACAAUUCAUCAGAUUGCCUUGAACAACCAUUAACAGUGAUCCCUAUGAAUAUACUUGGAGUUAUUUGUUAUCGUUUAUCCCAGCAUGGAUGGCAAGACCUUGCUAAUACAAUGAAUUUGGAUACAAAUAAAUUUGAUAAAGCUACGGCAUCAAAUGCAUCGGAUUUGUUAACAGCUACAUUAGAAGCUCAGGCAACAGUUGAAUCGCAUUUAAAAUCAUGUAAUCCUGAUAACGUUAACAAUAACAACAGAACACAGCAGCACUAA